CGACUCGGAUGUGACGUAAUGUGAACAUCAAAAUUCCGAGUUAAAUUGAAUGCGUCACCCCAAGCUUCUUUUUAUACGGUGAAAAACAAAGCCAGAAAACAUUGGGAUUUUGUUUCAUUGACGUUUGCCUGUGGUGCCCUUUUUUUUUUCAAUGUAGCUGUGUCAGAAGAAGUGGACAACGACAACUGUCAGUGCGGUAUAUAACCUCGAAGCUGCUUGGACUGUGACGCGAUCGGAAAGGUGUAAAUUCGAAGGUUCGCCAGCACGCCUCAUGAUACCUGAACAUUAAGGAUAACUAAUUACAUGUUUAGGAUGGCUAGUUGUGGGGAGGUAGACCACUCUGUUAGCUCACUUCCCCCAAGUAAGAAAGGCAGCAGCAGCUCCGGCAGCAACGGUGCAGCUGGCAGUGGGAACAGUGCCGAAUCAUCAUGUUCUGGCUCCAGCAACAUAUCGCCAGCGAUAUCCGUACCAGAGUGCGCCAUCUGUCUGCAGAGCUGCAUCCACCCAGUGCAACUGCCAUGCCACCACAUCUUCUGUUUCCUCUGUGUGAAAGGGGCAUCCUGGCAGAGCAAACGCUGUGCCCUCUGCAGACAGGAAGUGCCAGAUGACUUCAUGGAAAGGCCUACUCUUCUCUCUCCAGAGGAGCUGAAGGCGUCAGCGGGGGGUCGUGCUGGGGAAGUGAGUGAUCACGCCUGGUAUUACGAGGGCCGCAACGGUUGGUGGCAGUAUGAUGUGCGAACCAGCCGCGAGCUGGAGGACGCUUUCUCCAAGGGCAAGAAGACAGCGGAAAUGCUUAUUGCCGGGUUCUUGUAUGUAGCAGACUUGGAGAACAUGGUGCAGUACAGGCGUAAUGAGCACGGACGUAGACGCAAGAUGAAGCGGGAUGUUUUGGACAUUCCCAAGAAGGGAGUGGCUGGACUGCGUUUGGACACGGAGGGCAUCACAGGUGGAAUUGGGGCAGCGGGUAGAGAAAAUUCUGCUGAUGGAGCCGAUACCACAGCAGUAGGUGUACAACAGCAGGGCGCUGGCAUCUCAUCUGCUCCACCAGCUCCUCCACCUGCUUUGAGACCUCAAACUUCCUUGGCAGGUCGACCUGGCAGCAGCAGCCCCUCUUUAGAAGAGGCGCUGUCACAACUCCAAGUCAGCCACAGGCCCACUCAAUCAUGUGAGCGAUCUGGGGAAGGUGAAGGAGAGGACGAAGACGAGGAAGUAGCGGCUUCACCCUCCAGGUCUUCUGACCUUCAAACCUCUGUGGACGAAUCCGGCUCUGGAGACUGGAGCGAUGAUGAGGAAGAAGAGGAUCAUGCUGAAGAAGCGCAGGGCGAAGGUGAUGGUGAGCAUGUGGAGGUGAGGGAGGGCCGUUCCCAGAGGCAAAGACUGAACCCAGAGGACCGAGCCCUCCCCGGGGCAGAGUCCACUUCACACCCUUCAUCUACAAGUGAAAGGUCCCGAAUGCCUGAUGGUCAGUGUACAGUGACUGAAGUGUGAACUUUUUCAAAUAACUGUUCAGUUUCAUUAAUUUAUUCUCUCCUUUAUGCUAUCAUUCAUUGUCACUGCUCACAAACUGACCCGUGUUUUCCAGCGGCAAGAGUAGUAAUGACGAUCUGACAUGUCGUUCUAGGGAGGAUGAACAAGUUAUUUGGAACUGCAUCAUCCUCAACGUGAAUGGCUGCAUUUUAAUUAUUAACUCUCUCAGCUAACAUGACAGACACACAUGCAAUGCAGUAUGUUGCUCCUCUUUCACAGCUUUCAAUUUACUGGAUUAGUUUGCUUAAGAUUUUAGCAAAUUGUGAAUUUUCAGUGUAUUUUUACAUGUGAAAUCAUCUUGAUGCAGGCUGUGUUUUCUCUAUUGCCCUUGAGGAACGUUCACAUUAUCUUGCAACAUUGCGAAGUCUGCAACGUACUAACUAUUUUACUGCCCUUUGAGGUUUAUCGGCAUCAGAUUGCUCAAUUGCAGCAAAAUACUAAAUUUUUUUUAACAUAAAAAUAGGUGUAACUUUUCAUUAAAAUUGUUCAACUCCAAGUAAUUGGAAGUAUAAUGUGAAGUGUCAUUGUUGUAUGUUAAAAGUUGGCUACAAUUCGAGUGUUCUCCACUGGAGUGUUGCCGAAAGUGAAACUGGUGCAUGUUUGAAGAGAGAGUUAUUUUAGUGCUACACUUGGAAAAAUGCUCUUGAUAUUUUGGGUUUGGGGUAUAUAAAUGUCCUUUUAUUUUGAAUAUGAUAUUACUUACAUGUCGGGCACUAAGACGAUCAUGCCAUUCCAAAUUAAAGUUUAAAGUUUUA